CCUAAAUGGGGCCUUGCGGCGAAGGCUGGACAGAAGAAAGGUUUCUGAGGGUACCACGUGCCUCCCACAAGCACUGCCGGCGAGAAUUUGAAAUACCUUAUUCAUGAAGAGUGACUGCAUACAAGCCAUAAUGUGUCAAGAAAGAAAAAAUGAUCCAAUAGAAAUGCUUCAUUCUGGGCAGCUGCUAAAAGUCUGUGCCCCGAUGGUUCGAUAUUCAAAGUUAGCUUUCAGAACUUUAGUAAGAAAAUACAAUUGUGAUCUAUGCUAUACACCAAUGAUAGUUGCUGCUGAUUUUGUCAGAUCUGUAAAAGCCAGAGACAGUGAGUUUACCACAAACCAAGGUGAUUGCCCAUUGAUUGUUCAGUUUGCUGCUAAUGAUGCAAGACUGUUAUCUGAUGCUGCUCAAAUAGUCUGUCCUUAUGCAAGUGGAAUAGACAUUAACUGUGGUUGCCCUCAGAGAUGGGCAAUGUCAGAAGGUUACGGAGCUUGUUUAAUAAAUAAGCCAGAGCUUGUUCAAGAUAUGGUGAAACAAAUAAGAAAUCAAGUGGAAAAACCCAGAUUUUCAGUGUCUAUUAAGAUAAGGAUCCAUGAUGACCUUACAAAAACUGUAGAUCUUUGCCGAAAGGCUGAAGCAACAGGCGUUUCCUGGAUCACAGUCCAUGGAAGAACUGUUGAAGAAAGACAUCAGCCAGUUCACUAUGAGGCCAUUAAAAUAAUCAAGGAAAAUAUGUCUAUACCUGUAAUUGCUAACGGGGACAUCAGAAGCUUAAAAGAAGCAGAAAAUGUGUGGCAUGUUACUGGAACAGAUGGUGUGAUGGCUGCAAGAGGACUUUUAGCAAACCCUGCCAUGUUUGCUGGAUAUGAGGAAACCCCACUGUCAUGUAUCUGGGACUGGGUUGACAUUGCUCUUGAACUUGGAACUCCUUUUAUGUGUUUUCAUCAACAUUUAAUGUACAUGAUGGAAAAGAUAACUUCAAGACAAGAAAAAAGAGUAUUUAAUGCUUUGUCAAGCACAUCAGCAGUCUUAGAUUACCUUACAGAGCAUUAUGGGAUUUGAUGCAACUGUCUAAAAUCAUUUACUAAUUUAAUAAUUUUAUACUUUCAGUGAAAGCACCAGCUCACAUUUUGGGUUUUGCUUUUUAAUGACUGGCUCUCAAAUUUUAGUGUUAAAAGCAACACUUUGGGAGCAUUUUAAAAAUCACUAUUCCCCACCUUCAGAGAUUCUGUUUCAGUAGGGUGGCUCCAAAAUUUACAAUGUUAAAGAAAAUCCCAGGUAACUUAAACAUUCUAGUCAUUUUAAGUCCAAACAAGCAUUGCUUUGACUGCUAUUAUGGGUGUUUGUGUUUUUUUCUGAAAGGAAUCAUGUUUUUAACAAAUAAAACUUGAUUUUAAUGCUAAAAGUAUGGUUCAUAUAGUACCAGUAAGUUAACAUGAAGUUUGUUCUCAUUGAAA